AUGGAAAAAGCUUUUUACGAUCAUUCAGGUUGGAGCUCCGGUCCGAACCUUUGUGGACCCACCACUCCAGCUCUCUACCCUCCCGCGUACCAGCACCAAGCGCAUCAGCUCUGUUCCAAUUGUCAAAGUCCUUUUUACCCGCUUCAUUUUGAUGCGAUCGACCGCCUUUGUCCCAGCUGUAGAACAGUCGACAAAGUCAGUUGGGAGUCUCCACUUGCCUCUGGAUCCGUAACAACAAGUCUGCCGCUUUCGUUGACAACCGAGACAACAACGACAAAUCACCAGAUUGUCAACAAUACCAACAGAUCACCGAUUGCUCCGACAGUAGCCUCAACAGCGACAGUGACCAGCUCGACAUCAACAAGUCUUUCCUCAGAGAUACCAAAGGAUAGAGAAUUAAACGUACAGUGCUUCGAAUACAAUGGAGAAAUUUACGCGAAAGAGAUUUGGAAGGCUCGACAAGAAGUUUUACACGAAGUCCCUUCGGCUGAUUCCAAACCACUUACCUCCCCUCCUCCAACGCCGUCUUCGACCUUCGAAAAACCCAGUCUAAGUGGCGAUUGUUCAGUUCCAGAAGCUCCAUCUGGUGUGUUGAAAGAAUCGUUUUCCUCUCUAAAAGCCGAUAGAAUUUCUACGUAUUCUGCUCCCAGCAGCAAUCCGUAUCCUAGCUCUAAAAUUCAAGAUUCAACCAGCGACGAUGGAAAUCUAGUGAUCGACGACGACCAAAAUGGAAAACCAAAACGUCCGCGGACAAUUCUUACAACUGAGCAAAGGAAAAAAUUCAAAGCUUACUUUGAUUCUGGAGGCGAAAAGCCAUCACGAAAAAUACGCGAAAAAUUGGCAGCAGAAACUGGUCUGACGGCGAGAGUUGUUCAAGUUUGGUUUCAAAAUCAACGCGCUAAGAAAAAGAAAAUGGCAAAGAAAGAGCAAUCUGUGGAGCUAGGACACGGGUUGAUGGAUCCACGGCGAGAUUUUUAUGGAUACUCAGCUGGUAUUCCAUCUGGCUUUGACUCUUAUUACUCUGCUGAUUUCCAAGCUCAGGUAGCCGCAACAGCAGCCGUCGUCGGAGCAUCACCUCAAUUUCACGGAAGUUCUUAUCCCUCAGCUUUCCCAUCAGCAUAUCCGCCAUCUCCUUAUGGGAUUCAUCAACCAUCACUCCCUCAUCAUUCGCCUUUUUCACACCUUCCAGAGCCCCCUACGACGGGUCUUCAAUCUUCUGCCUUUACAUCGCCGCCUACCUUUGGGUAUUCCAGCAGCACGCCUUCAAUUUCCUCACCGAGUUUUCCAACAUUCGUACCAUCUUCCGUUAAUUCAUUGUCUUCCGUCAGUUUCAACCAUGAGUUGCCUCCUCAUCCUGAACCACAGCCUGUCGUUUCAAGCCCCACAGAGGCAAAAUUACCAAUCAAAAAUGAAGAAAUUCUCGAUCCGUCUACACUGCAAUCAUAG